GCCUACGCACUUUUCAGCUUUUCGACUCACGUACACUGUUAGUAUGGAUCCUACGCCAGGUUUUAUAAAUGAGGCCCCUGGUUUCUGAUGUUACCUGAACUCUGCAGGACUCUGAUUGGCUGAUUGGAUCCACCUGCUGCUGAUGAGCGGCUGAUUAGACCAGCUCAAGUAAGAGGACUGUGGACUCCUCCAGACCAGAGAAAACAGUCCAGUUUAUCUGGAUCAGUUAAACCAGACGGGUUUAUCAGGAUUCUUGAAGUCCAGGUUCAGGUCAGUGAGACUCAGGUUCAGCUCUGAGUCCAGAUUUUAAAGUCCUGCUCUGAUGUGUUUUUUUAAUCUCUAAAAUGUUCUCAGUGCCUUAAAUUAUGAAGUUUUUAGUCAAAAUCUUGUUACUUUUGUCAUUUUUAAGGACUUUUCUUCUGCAGCAGCUCAUUAGUAAUUCACCUCUGAGUCCUGGGCGGAGUCAGCGCUGCCCUCUACAUUCCUCGUCAUGUUAGCUUGUAGUCGAAUGUUGUUGGUGUCAGGAGACAUGGAAUCAACUUCCACAGCUAUGCUGAUGAUACACCGCUCUACAUCUCUGUGUCUCCUGAUGACACCAGGCCAAUGGAUGCUCUUUUUAACUGCAUUUAAUAUAUCAAAUCCUGGAUGGCAGAGAACUUUCUCCAGCUUAACCAGAACAAAACUGAGGUUUUAGUCAUCGGUCCUGAGGCCCAGAGAGAGAAGCACUGUCUCUUAAUCCAUCACUGCAAGUGAGAAACCUGGGUGUGAUUUUUGACUCUGAGCUGACUUUUAGUCCACACAUUAAGAACAUAACAAAAAUCGUUUUUUAUCCCCUGAAGAACAUCUCCAGAGUCUGUCCCAUUCUCUCUCGGACCAACAAGGAGAUGCUAAUGCUAAUGCUUUUAUCACCUGUCGUAUAGAAUAGUAUAACGUUUUCUGGUCUUCCCCAAAAGAAUAUUUCAGGUCUACAAUUAUUACAGAAAUUCAGCGGCACAUGUCCUAACUAAGACCAGGAGGUGGGCCCACAUUACACUGGUUUUAGAAUCACUGCGUUGGCUCCCCAUGUGUUUUAGGAUUGAUUUUUUAGGUUCUUUUAUUUGUUUUUCAAUGUCUUAAUGGUCUUGGGCCUUCUUAUCUUUCAGAACUGUUUUUACCUUAUGAACCUUCACCGACCAUGGGCUCCUCUGGCAGCAGGCUCCAGACCCACCUUUUUAGCUUUUAAUUGAUAUUUGUUAGAUCUUCAUUUAUUCUAGUCAGCCUGUGUUUAUUUUAGGUCUGUGUCUUAUUCAUAUUUUAGUUUUUAUCCUUUUAUCAUUUUUAGUACCCCCAGUGUUUCCUCUGAGGGAGCCCUCCGCACCAGAAGCAGUGGUCGCUUGUGGUUGCAGGGGCCGGCCACGGGGUUUCUGGUGGAGGUUGCUGUCUGACAGAUCCCUCCACUGGUCCUAUGUUGGUGUCCUGUGGCUGCUGGCGGCUCUCUGCUCCUGGUGCUGACGGCUCCUCUGAUGGCACUUCUGAACUCAGCCUCAUGUCCAUUCUCUUGGUGUGUGGGUGUGUGGGUGUGUGGGUGUGUGGGUGGGGGGGGUGGGGUGUGUAAGUCUUUAUGGACAUGAGUUAAAGUCAUAAACUUUCUUAUGAGCGUUAAAAUGCACACAGCGGCUGUGUCCGAAAUGGCCUACUACUCCUACUACUCCUACUAACCCCGCCUCUGAAUUGAGUAGGCAGUGCGUUCACACUGUACAGUAUGUGAAUUUUGUGUAUGCGAGAAAUGCCCGGAUGUAUACUCAAUCGGCUUCGAUUUCUGAGUGUGGAACGGAGCUUGCUUCACGUACUGCUUCUGCCCCACAAUGCAUUGCGCACCUCAGCUGGUAAUAUGGCCCUCUUUCCCGAGGCUGAAAAGAAAUAGAUGGCAUGUGAUUGCAAUAAUAAUUAUAUAUAUAAAUAGAUAAACAAUAUUUAGUCAGUCUAUAUUACACAAUUUUUAUCAUUUUAUCAUAUUUUGAUCUUUUUACCAGAUUUAUUUGUAUUUUAAAUUAGGAUUAUAGGUAAUGUUUUUAACUGUUCGUAUGAAUUGACUUUAUUUAUUUAAGUGUCUAUUAAAGAUGUAUUUAUUACAUCAAGUUUGAGCAUCUUCUCAUCUCUGAAUGCAUCAUCAAAGUGGUCGCUCAUAUUAAGCACAGACCUCUGAUUAAUAAAAAUUAUUAUUGGUAGAGAGCACAUGGUUCAGAAUAUACAAACGGGGGAGUUUCCAGUUGACAAUGUAUGUGAGCUUUACUAAUUCUUACUUGUGGUUGAAAAUCUGAUGGUUUCUGAAAUUAUCAUUGUACAUGAAAAGAAUGUAGUCGGGAAAUGAUGUAUUUGCCAAGGAAUAACCGAACGAGGUCAUAAUAAUUAUGUUGUGUGUUGGUCAUUUUGCAGCCCUCUGCUGCUCAUCACACGCCUAGCAGGUGGUGUAUAGCAUUAUCACCAUGGAUACACAGAUGUUUGUGUGAUUUUUGUCAUCCACUGCCGCCCGGUUUGUGUCGUGUAGAUGUUGAUUAUGAAAACACUUCUCAAUAAUUUGGAAACGUGAAGGGGGAGCUGCUGCUGCCCGGUGUUUACGGUAAAUAGACGCAAACACCCACCAAGCGGACGCUUCGGUCUCCGAAAACGCCGAGACAAAUUUACAAACAGCCACUAUUUCAAACAACUGGGCUCAUAAUCGUGAUGUAAACACUUACUUUCUCGCUAGAAAAAAUAUUAUUAUUGAAUGAAUUUAUAUCAUUUGUCCAGAAUGCAGUCGUUCUGUGUGGCUUGUGGUAGGACUAUUUAAAUUUUCCCGGCGCUGCAUCCGGCCGGCACGAAAUGCAUUCUGGGGUAUGUAGUAUGUAUGUGUUUGUAAACGCUCGGGCAGCCGCGGCAUACUCAAAUCAUCUUUGAGUAGUCAGUAGGCAGUAGCUACUGCUUGAGUAGGUAAGUAGAUAGUAGGCAGUAUGUCAUUUCGGACACAGCCAGCCUCUGACUGUGUCUGAUUCUGCUGCUCAGGUCUGAGAGAGUUUAGAGAUAAUUUCUAAUUUCUCCUCCAGCAUCAGAAAAGAGAUCUAUGAAUCUAGAGCUGUGAAGAUCGGACCGGGUCUAUAAAGGGAUGACAUCAGUUCUGGUCCCAAAGGAUCUGAUAAGUCCAGUCAGAGAUCAGGACAGGAAGUGAUGUCAUACUGAACCUUUGCCUGGGAACUCCGAGGUUCUGGUUCUGCAGUUUCAUGGGUCCAUGUUGGUGUCUGUGGGCCUCCAUUUGGGUUUUAGAGGUUCCGCUCUGGUUCUUACCCGGUUCCUGUCCCCAGCAGGUCCCAUCAUGUCAUCUCUGAGGUCUCUGGUUCUGACCCCCGAGAGGAUCCCGAGUUUUUUCGUCCCGUCUCGCAGUCCGCUCCUCUCCCCACGCCCUCGCCGGAUCUCCCCGGACCGGACCAGACUCCUGUCGGACCAUGUCGAGGAGAGUCCUGAAUCCCGCCCCCACAGUGACGCUCAGUCCCGUGGCACUCUUCUUCUGCCCACGCCCCGGGUCAGAAGGCCCCGCCCAUCUGCUGCUGAGUCUACAGACGUGGACCUGACCACACGCGCUGCCCUGUCGCUGCCACACGUGGGGAAGAUGACCACGCCCUACGGUUUCAGUGCCGCGCUGGCUGCCAGUCCCUGCACCAGCCGGCGAGAGUCCCUGUUUCACCGCCGCAGCAAACUGGUGACAGUGACAGUAACGGACAGCGACCCGCAUAAAGCAGAAGCUGAGGCCCCGCCCCCUUCUCCUGUGGGCACCAGCAGGUCCCGGGUCAGGGCAUUCGGUCUGCAGGUCAUAGAGGAGCUGAAGAGACCUGCAGCCAUCCUGAAGGCUCUAAGCCCCGCCCAAAGGAGGUGACGCACCUGUCAGGUGGAGCUCUGUGUGAAGACCAAAGACUGUUGUGUUUUCAUUAUUUUAAUAAAGUUUAAUUUAAAUA